AUAGAUUUAAUGAACUUUAGGUUUCUGGACUGUCGGCUCUUUAAAUGUUCGAAUCUCGUAAUAGAGCUUUAUCUCACAUGUUUUUAACUGGGCGUAGGCCAUCGUUGUCCCCAUUUAGCGGCUCAUAUUCCCACUUUUGUGGGGCGGUUUAUUAAGGUGGGCUGGCUCUGGAGUCAGCAGGGCGCAGGGGGAGUGCACGGGAGAGCUCGAGAGGGCCGACGAGUGCCGACGAGGGGAGGACUGAGUGGAGUGUACUGUGGCUUCCUGAAUGGUUAUCAGCGAAACGCUUUAUUCAGCGAGUUGCAUUCAUUCAGUCCGCUGUCACCGGCCGAGCAGCAAUACGGCACAGGGAGAUCGAAACUGAUCGGAUCGAAUCGAGCUACAUAGGUAUAAAUCGGAGCGGAAUGAGCCAUAACAAAGUAAUCUGCACGAUCUGUUCGGAUCGGUUUCGCACCUCGGACAACAUAAACGCCGGCAGCUGUGGACACGCGUUCCACGAGGAGUGCCUGGACCGCUGGAGGAAGCAGUCAAGAACUUGCCCCAUCUGCCGCUCCCAGGAUGCCGAGUAUUUUCAGCUUUAUCUGGACUUUGAGGAGUCUCCGGUAAGUGCAUCCGCACAGAGGGGCAGUGGGGGCGGCCAUAAUCUGCCCCAAGGUCAGAGCGCCUGCAGUCGCAGCAGCAGCAGCAACAACAGCAGUGGGCACAGCAGCAGCAGCAACAACAGCAGCAGCUUCAGCAGCAGCGAUUAUAUGGGAAUUAUGAGGGAGUACGAGAAUCUGCUUUACGAGACGGGUUUGUACCAAGAAGAGAUCGAAUAUCUUAACCAGCGGAUCGGGGCCCUUGCUGUCCGCAAUUCUAAACCCGACAAUCUGCAUGAAGAGCCGGAUUCGGAUGUUGAUUAAAAGCCGUAAACAAACAAACGAAAGCGCCGCCGUAAGCUGGAUUACCCACUCGAAACCGAGUCUGAUGUUAUUGGGAAACGGACAUGCGAAACUUAAAAGGCUUAGCAAAAAAAAAGAUUAACAAGAACAUUAGAACAAGAUAAGAAUCCCCAAUAAAAAAAAAUACGAAAUACCCGAAUCGAGAUAUCAGAAAAGUCGAAUUAUUUUAAAUAUCGCAUUUUAGUUGAUUUUGUAUACCAAUAAUUAAAUAAAUAUA